AUGUCGGAUUCGAGCUUCUCCUCUUCAUGGCUUUCGUCGCUGUCGACUUCCAACGGCAGGAACGCGUUGCUUCUGGGAUCGAUCGCGGUGGGCUCUUCGAUUGCCACGGCGGCUGCGAUCCUGGGCACGCAGCGCAUCACACGACGAAAGAAGCGUCAAGACUUGUCGGAUGCCGUCACCAAGUCGGCCAACAUGCAGGGUACGGAUCGACUGCAGCGCUUUGAUCUGGACCGCGAUGCAGCCUCGUCUUCGACGGACGGAGGAACACCGCGGUACCUUUCGGGACUGGCGAGCAACUCGCUGAGGCCAGCAUCACAUCUGCGCAACUCGACCAGCUUUUACUCGAGCAACCACACGCCUCCGUCUCCCGCUGGACCAUCACGUGCUGAAACCAUCGGCCGCAACGACAGCUCCUCGCGCAAGCGUCUGCCGUCGGUCGAGCAGUGGGACGAAAGCCUGAUCCGCGAGCAACUCUCCCGCAACUACAGCUUUUUGGGCGAAGAGGGCAUGACGGCGAUCCGCAACUCGUUUGUCAUUGUGGUCGGAGCAGGAGGCGUAGGAUCGUGGGCAGCUCUGAUGCUGUUGCGCUCAGGAAUCUCCAAGCUUCGGCUCAUCGACUUUGAUCAGGUCUCGCUCUCUUCGCUCAACCGGCACGCUUGUGCUACGCUCGAGGAUGUCGGCCGACCCAAGGUGGUGUGCUGUGCUGAAAAGUUUGCACAGAUUGCACCCUGGGCCACGUUGGAGGCAUGGGUGGAGCUCUUCCGCGGCGAUGAGGCGGAGCGACUCCUGGGCGGCAACCCAACGUAUGUGGUGGAUGCGAUCGACAACAUCGAUACCAAAGUCGAGCUACUGCGGUUCUGCGCCGAACGCAAGAUCAAGGUCAUUAGCUCCAUGGGUGCGGGCGCCAAGAGCGAUCCGAGCCGCAUUCAGAUUUCCGAUAUCAGCGUCACCUCCGAGGAUCCACUGGCCCGCAGCGUACGUCGGCGUUUGCGGGCGCUCGGCUUGCCGCCCAUUCCACCCAAGGAGGUGGAGGAGAAAGCCAAGCGCGAGGCAGAACAGCUGGAAAAGGCGCAGUCCCAGGCUGCUCCUCGUCGGCCCAACAACAAGCAGGGCGGCAAGGCGAACAAGGCGAACAAGGCGAACAAGCAAGGCAACGCGUCGGCGACGCUCGACGUGCCCUCUGCCAGUGCCGACGCGGACCGUACACCAAUGAAGGCGAGCCCGAGCGACGAAUGGACGCGGAAAAGUGCGAACAAGGGGAACAGCAGUGGAUCCUCUUCGCCCAAGCUGGGCUCCAAGGGGAGCAGCAGCGGUGUGCAGCCACGAUAUGCUCGCAAAGCGACUUGUUCGCCUUCUCCGCUCGCGUCCCGAAGCGGCAGUUCGACUGAUCUCACUUUGCUGAGCGGGUCCAGCAGCAACGACACGGCUGCUACGGUUGCCAGUUCGGCAUCGAGCUCCCGGGCAGUGUCUGCAGCCAUGCCGCAAGCACCGCGCCAUAGCCGACGGGCGAGCAGCGUCUCUUCCUUUGGAUCGGGCGCGUAUGCUACGCCCAUGACGACGCCUUCGGACGAGAUGGCGGCGCUGCUGCCGGACGAGGGCGAUCAGGAUGCGAGCCUGCGACCGCUGGACGACGAGGAGAAGGAGGACACUGGCUCGUUGGAGGGCACUCGGAAUUGGGAAGGUAGACGCGCAUCUCAAAGCAGUGCAGCUGCCUCGGACGCGACGGCAGUCGACUUGGCAGCGCAUUCGGCACCGCGUAUACAGAGGACCGACAAGCUGCGGAGACGCGUGUCCGAGGUGGAAGAGCUGUCGCCGUCGCCGUCGCCGUCGAGCUCAUCGCCGGCUCUGUCGCGCAGUGCGUCGUUCAGGCCGACACUGGCACCUACGGCUGCGGCUGCGGAGGAAACGUGUACGGAGCCGACGUUUUUCAUCCCGUGCGUCUACUCUACGGAGAAAUCCGACACGCGUCUUCUGCCGCUGGACGAGGACGAGUUUGAAAAGGGCAACGUGGACGAGUUGGCGGCGUUGGAAGACUUCCGCGUACGCAUCCUGCCCGUACUUGGCCCGCUGCCGGCCAUGUUCGGGCUGGCGGUGGCGACGUUCAUCCUGUGCGAGAUCGGCGGGCAAAAGAUGGAGCCGCUUGCGUUCAAAGGACGCCGGAAGCUGUACGAAAAGCUGUUCCACGACCUGUCCGUCUCGGAAUCGCGCCAUCCCGUGCCCGGCACGCAAUCGGCUGUCCAGGACAGCAACAACACGGGUCCGCGCCACUACAUCCCGUUCAGCAUCAACGACAUCGCCUACCUGUUCGAAGAGGUGUUCCGGGGCAGGAGCGUCGUCCCGCCGUUCGACAGCUUGUCCGGCGCGCAGCUCGAGAGGUGGGACUCGACGCUGCCGUUGAGCUUCCAGAACGUGGCGCUCUUCUCGCGCGCGCAGGCCAAGGUGCACGAAGCCGAGGUGCUCAGGAAGGGCAGAAGCCCUGUGGAGGUGUGGGGGGCCGAUGCGGCGCACAUGAUCAAGCGCAGGAUGGCGAGCGAGCGCAGGAGCGGCUUUUUCCGCUUUUGA